GACACUUAUUAUGAUAUAGUUGAUGCACUGGAAUCGCAAGGCUUAGAAGAUGGUAUGAGGCAAAUGCUGAAACUCGGUCACAAAGAACUUAACGAUCAAUGCAAACUUUACGAAAAGGUGCUGAAGCAGGAAGAUGAAGCAGAAAGCAGCGAUGAUAGUAUCGUUAAUAUGAGGGCUCAGCCUGCGCUACCGGUUACAGAUCGAAGGGCAAUGAUGCGUCGUCGACAUAAUGAAUCAUUGGCCCGACAAAAAGAGCAUCAUAAUUUCCACAAGAUUAACUCAUUAAAUAAUAAUAUCUGCGAGAAAUUUGAAGCAAAUCAUUUUUUCACAUUUCACUUUCUGCUCUUCUUCGCAUCAGCUCGAUGGGAACUUGUUGCUGAUAUAUACUGGGGAAUUAAAAUUUUCAACAAUUCACUUUUAAAAGCAAUUCCCAAAGCUCUACUCGGCUUUGUCCGGUUGAAAGGCGAUUAUGAUGAUUGUGGUGUGACCUCGCAGACGAUGAGGUAG